ACUAGUGUGUUCUCAAAAUGGCAGACGGGUUGUGUACGGAUGAUCCGAUCGGAGAUGUAAUCGAAAAAACUGCAUCGAAUGCCAGUGACAAUGCCGUAUUAUGUGAGACAACUGACAGUAUAACAGAUUCUGGUGGUGAUAAAGUGAAAGACUUUUUGAUAAAGAGUGAGAGUGGUGAGAUUUUUGAUGAUUUAUGUGCUGGUGCUGGAGACGGAGCCAAACACGAAGGGAUUUUGGAGGAGGACUGUAGGAAAAAGAGAUGCGUGGAUAGAUACGACAGCUCCGAAUCUUCUGACAGUGGUGUGGCAGUCCUGAGCUGCACCGACUGCAGCGGAAGCAGUACGGCAUCAAGCGACAUCACCGAUCCCGGAUCACCGUUCAGCACAACUUCGAGUCAUUCAGAGGACUCUGGGUCUGGCUCACAACCAGCUAAAAUGCCACCGACACAAACUGCCCAUCAUCCACCUUGGCCUUGGACCGCUGACGAGGGACCCCCUUGUAAACGGUCACUUUUAGACAAAACUCUAACAACAGCUGCCUUUCCUAAAACCCUUAAAUCUGCCACCGCCGAGGAACAACCUAAGAAGAAACCGACAGGUAGCGCUACGCCCUUCAUCACUAAACCGAAUUUCGUUAAAAUCGUCCCUUCUAUACCUAGUCCAAAUGAUAAGUUAGUUAAGAAGGGCGAUUCGCCUAGAAUGCAACAAGGAAAAAUCACGGAAUAUUUUAAGUCUCAAGUCAAAUCUAACGGUAUUAAAAAAGAGAUUCUGAACAACAUGGUUAAGAAAAACGUUACGCAAGUUACAAAAACCUUGGUCGAUCAGCAAACGCAGUUCAACAGUUUGAAGACACCGAAUCGCAAGGAGAUAAAGAAACCCAUCAAGAAACCAGUGCAAUUAAAGGUGAAAAAAGUAGCACCAGUGACAGUUCCUAGAAAAAUACUCCCAGCUCCGAGCAACAUGACAGACAAACUUACCAUCAGCGAUCAAUUGAACAGUCUGGCUAAGUUCACUCCAACGGUAACUUUAACAGCAUUAAGUUUUCCUCCUAACUAUACGUAUCUUCACACCAAGGGACCCAAGCCACCCGAGGCUCCGAUAUUCGUUCCGCAAUACGCAACUAUCGCUAACGAUAAAUUACCUCUACCUAUAAUAAAUCGAACACCAUGUUUGAACGUGAUACAACCAGUGCAAAAACUUACUACAAUCAACAACUUCAAUUGUGUCAAAUUAAACGCUACGGUAGUGCCUAUAGUUAAGGUGAACCCGAUGCCUUCUAGGUUAAACACGUCCGUAAGUCCUCCGGUAAAUCCUGUAAGUCCGGUACCGUCUCUGAACACAAGCCCGAACAUUGCGAACGUGAUGCCUUCGUCGAAUGUGCCGAAUCUUAGCGUGGAGACCGGCAUUCCCACGGUGCUAUCAGCGAAGCCGAAGAUAGCAGAUAAUGCCGUAUCCCCUAUCGUACCGUUGGUCCCCCAACAGCACAAUGAGCUUAAUGUGACGAACACACCCCUAGAAAACGUGCGUGUUAACAAUUCACGGACUGAGGAGCCACAUAGGACAGAAAAGUGUACGCGAGAAGAGAUUUUCCGAGACGAUUCGAAGGAAACCUCUCCUACGCCUACUACAGACUCGGAUAGUGGUAUCUCCAUAUCAACUAAAGAGUGCUUAGAAGUGUUUAUUAGUGAAACAGUAGUAGUAGAGGAGCAGAAAUCGCCGAUUUUAUCGAAGCCGAAGACCAUCCGGUUUCCUUGUAAGCAGAUUGAGAAGGAAGAAGGGAAGUCUCAUCAGCACUCCACAGAUGGUCAAUGUAGAUGGGCGGAAUGCAGUUCUUGCUUCGACACCAGUGGGGCCUUACUCGAACACCUACAGGUAAAACAUGUGAUAUCUCAAGCAACUCAAGAACACUAUGUGUGCUUAUGGCUAGGCUGUAAAGUUCAUGGUAGGACUUCUUGCUCAAGAUCCUGGUUAGAAAGGCAUGUGUUGGCGCAUGCUGGAACGAAACCUUUCCGUUGCAUUGUCGAUGGAUGCGGCCAAAGAUUUAACUCACAGUUGACGUUGGAGAGGCAUGUCAACAGCCACUUCAAUUCGGACGGUAGCCCGAAUAACAACCUGAAGAAAUCACCAGAGAACACCUGCAAGCUAUUCAAGAGGAACGGGAAACGGAUAAGGUUUAGAAGACAACCAUGGUCAGCACGGAUGUUCGACUUUAUCGACUCUGGAAUAAUGGAAGGUCUUCAGUUCAAGCUUCUUCAUCUAACGCAGAAGAGAACCCUAGGGAAGAUAAAUGAACCAGGCAAUUCGGUGCAUCUGCAAAGCGAAAUCUUGGCGAGACGGGUGGAAACGGAUGGAUGUGUUAAAUUUCUUCUUAGAUGGCAUCCCACCGACAUCAUUGAAGAUGAGUGGGUGUCAGAGAAAGAGUACAAACCGACGAGGGUAGUGUCGAUACCGCACCUGCAGCCAUCUUCGAAAACCGCCCUCAGUCCCUCGCUGUUCAGCCCCUCAAACGAAGAAGUGCAACCUAGACAGAAGCGUAGUCGUAAGCAGAUUCCCAAGCAAACGUGAUAUACUGUUGUUAUUUAAAAUAAUUAAUAUUUUGGAGCCUUUGUAUUUAAUAUAGUUAUUAGAGUAAUGAUGUCAUAUUUUGAUGCCAAGAAUUAUUGACAAAUUGACGAAAUAAAUAUAUUUGUAAUAAAAAAGUUGUAUAUAAGAAAAAUUGAAUUAGAAUUUAGAUGAGAUUGUUUUACUUUUAGCUCAACAUGGUGUUAAUCGAUGUUUAAUAUGUUUGAUGUAGACAAAACAUCAAAUUAUUUCAAAAAUAUCACUUUUCUAAAAGUUCUUUUAAUUUAGUACUAAAAGUACUUUAAGGGCUGUUAAAAAUGUUCAUAUGACAAAGCAUCACCUGACUUUAACUAUGCUGGUUGUAGUGUUCAGAGGUUAGACCUAAACACUACAACCAGCAUGGUUUUUUGAGGUGGAAAGAAAGUGACAAUUUUUAAAUAAUUCACUUUAUUUCCUGACUUUACCAAAGAAGUAGUAAUAUCAAGUAAUUCAUUGUUAUUACUACUUCGUCGGUAACCUUUGUGAUCCUUGUAUAAUUUCUGAGAAUUUGAUGCCAAAAUGUUUCAUGGUGUAUUUAGAUACAGGUGCUAAGGUCUAUCAUCAGUUCUAGUCAAACACGAUCAUUGUAAAAGUAGUGUAUUCAUUUAGAUCAAAUUUGUAGAUCUUUUCAAAAUUCUACAUAUCAACUGUUGAAAGGUAAAAGGUUGUAACCCACAACUUUUUUGAUUUGUGGAUGUGUGAAUAUUAUUUUCCAUUAAUUUGUAGAUCAAUAAAUAAUUGAUGUAUAAAUGAAUGAAAAAAAUUAUUAGGUUAAUUCAUCAUCAAAUUACUUAAAUACUUCCCGAAAAAAGUUGAUUUGUGGGUUACAACCUUUCACCUUUCAACCGUCGAUAUUAUUAUUCAAUAAGUCUAUAGGUCCUAGCUAAUUGAACAAUAAUUUUCAGGCAUAAUUAGUAAUUUAUAUAUUAUGAAUAUUCAUCAACAUAAUCCUCCAUCUAGGUGAUAAACGGAUUCCACAAUGUGGUGUGUGAUUCCGCAACAAUUUUGUAGAACUGUUUUCCAUUCAAUUCUUCAGCAUAAAUUAAUUGCUCAUUUUGUGGACUUUUUGAUACUCUCAAAGACAACUAUAUCCAGAGGUUUUUUACCCCAUUUAACCUCUUUUAAUACUCCUCAAUACCUCUGUAACAAUUAGAUGCCUGUUUUGUAGAGCAGUUCGCCUCCAACUCCUCAGUUUUCGUAUACAUCACUCAUUUUCACCCUUUUAGUUCUACACUGAUCCCAAUCUUGCAAUGAGAAGCUUGUCUUGUAGAAUGAACUUAUCAAUUUUCAUAAUAAACAGCUUUUGGAGAAUAUUUUGUUAUUUGUAAGGACACAACCUGUCGGCCAGGGGAAACAUUACUUUUUUACCUUAUUUAAACUGCUUGCAGAUGAUACACUGAUCCCCCAAUGAUUUUCUAACAAUUAGAUAUCACCUUUUAACUUCUCAAAUUUCGUUGUAAGCAUCUUGUUUUGUAGUCUUUUUGAUAUUAUCAUGGCAUACUGUCAGUUAUAUGGUUCAACUUCUUUGACUAAUUUAACCUCAGUUACUACAUUAAGUAUAGUUGGAGAACAACCGUUCCGGAGAUAUAACUUCCCUAGAACACAUUCCAAUCAUUUUUCUUUGUGAAAAACCUCCUGCGACCACAUUUUGGUUUCUUUUGCUGAGCAAUUCAUAACUUCUGAAAAAAAUACGACAAUUUUAUCGAAUUUUUGACAAAUGUCUGGAAUUAUUAGCAAACUACACACAUUCUCACUUAAUACAUUCGUUGCCACUUAUAUCCAGUCACUUUCGUACGGAGCCAAUACGAAAAAACCCUAUUGAAUCCCACAUGUUGUGAACGCCAAAUGCGUUCAGUGGCACCUGACUCAAGUAGCACAAAACGCCUUUUGGCGUCAGUGGCAGCGAAUGUGUUAAACAACUAGUAUCCUGAAGAAUACCAUCAUCUGUUAAAGAACUGUAGCUCACUUGAAGACAUUUCAGUCAUUCUUCUUUGUGAAAAACCUCCCACAACAACUGUUUGACUUUUAUUCAGUCUUUAAAAAGACACUUUCAUUAAUUUUUUGAUAAAUUUCUGGAAUUAUUAGUAUUAUGCAAACAUUUUCACUUAAAAACAACUAGCAUUUUGAAAAAUACAAUUAUUUUUAAAGGGCUGUAGCUCACUUAAAGGACGUUUCAUUCAGUUUUUUGUGAAAACAGUUUCUGCACAUACCUUUUAACCACAUUUUGGCUUUCUGUUUUGGGUGAACCAAAACUUCUGCUUAAAACAACCUUAAUAUUAUUAUUUUUUUUAAUUUCUUUGAUUAUUAGCAAAAUGUUGAGUAAACUUUCUUAUUACAAAAUUUAUUGAACGAUCAAAAUAAUUCAACUCGAAAGUUGAUGUAAUUAUUCUAAGAUAUCACCAGCAAAAAUAUAGGUUUAAAUGGUCAAUAAUUGUACUGAUUUUUUACUGUGUACAAAUUAGAGACACUAAUUUAUUGUGAUAUAUUAUUAAUUUUUAAUUGCGGAAUUAGCGGUUGGCAAGUCAGGCGCACAAAUAUUAGCAAUAUAUAGUUAGUAAGCAUGCUUCGAUCGGUAAGGCAUGGACGAUUUUUUUAGACGAUUUUUUAGUUCGAUAUUCGAAAUUUUAAGUAAUUUAACUCAUUCCGGUUGUAAUGAGGGCGAAAAAAUUACAAAAUAUUUAUUAUUUACAAAUUCCUAUGAUAUUUCUUGACUCGAAAUUCAAAAAUGUAGUAAAAAAUUGAAAUAAAAUCUUUUGGAUCAGUAAAAACAUUUGUUACAUAGUUAAAUGUUCAGUAAUAUUCUGUAUUACUUUUUAAAACCACCAAAUUUAUGUAUAGACCAUGUCCACUUCACCAAGAAAUUAACGCACCACCUUAAAAAUAAAUAAAUAAAAAAGUUAGGUACUUUAACAACUAGCCUUGUUUUUCAUCAGUACAGUGUGUUUUUAAAUGAGUAUGGCUAACUUUAAGAAGUAAUUCUGCAUAAAAAAAAUUAUAGUUUUCUUUAUAAACGUAUGUGCGCAAAUGCUUCGUUUCCGAGAUAGGGGGUGUUGAAAUUUUUCUUACAAACUGACGAUUUUUAUUGAUUGUUCUAAAACCGGUUAAUAUAUGCAAAUGAAAUUUGGUAGGUUUUAAGAGAUGGCUAUUGCGCAUUUUUUGACCUGCAAUCAGUAAUUUUAUAUUCACCAUAGGCGCACAUACGGGUAAUAUGACUUAUCAUAUUACCCAUAUGCACGGCAAUGGUGAAUAUAAAAUUCUUAAUUGUAUGUCAAAAAAUGCACAAUAACCACCUCUUAAAACCCAUCAAAUUACAUUUUCAUAUCUCAGCCGGUUUUAGAGCAAUAAAUAAUUCGUCAUUUUGUAAGAAAAAUUUUUAACACCCCCUAUCUCAGAAACGAAGCAUAUGCGGACAUACUUUUAUAAAGCAAACUGUCAUUAUUUUUUCAUGCAGAAUUACCCCUAAAAGUUAGCCAUACUUAUUUAAAAACACCCUGUAUUGAUGAAAAACAAGACUAGUUGUUAAAAUACCUAACUUUUUUAUUGUCCAACAUAAGCCAAUGAAUAAAAAACAGACUGUUAAGAAAACAUGAGGCUGUAGUUGCAUUUUGGCAUUUUGAUUGGUACACCCGGUAUACAAUGACAAUUUACCUGUCUAGCAACAAUAUUAUUACAACGAUAUUGUUAAAGAAUCAGGCUGUAACAUGUUAUAAAAAUCACUUAAAUCGGACAACAGGUUUAGGAAAUGCGAGACAUUAAAAUGACCAAUUUUUCGGGUGGUGCGUUAAUUUCUUGGAGAAGUGUACUUUUAAAACCUGGCAAAUCUUUUUAUCUACAUACAUAUAGAUUGUAUUUUUAUUAAUUUUUUUAGAUUAGAAACAGUCCAUACAUAAACAUAAACAUAAGCUUCAAAUGUGUCAAAAGUCUGAAUUAUAACCUCAAAAUAUUCCAAAAUGUAUGGAUUUGUGUCACUUCUACAUGUUCCUUAAGGAUUUUAUAGCAAUUAUUACAAAUAGUAAUUAUGAUAACACAGGAAUUUGUAUUAUUUUUUAGGAAAAACAUAAUUUACCAGUUGUGUUCCCCAAGAGGCUAAUAUUUCCGAACAGCUCCAUCGGCUGCCAUUUUUGUGUUCCCCUCUCGAUUUGUACACGGUAUCCAUUGCAAAAAGGAUCAAAGGUUCGAUUGAUUAUUUCCUAAAAAGGAGUAAUUUGUAAAAUAUGGUACAUGAAUGUGUAAAUUUGUGAGUCUUUCACUAUGUAAAGUUAGGUUAUGUAUAUGUACAGUAGCGUAAGGUAUUUCAGUUGAGAGAAACUGUUCGUGGUUUUGACCAUUUAACAACCAGCCUGAUAUCACUGCCAUUAAUGUAACAAUCUGGUUGAGUAGUUGGUUAAACCUUCCACCUAGAUUAGACUUUUGGGACUUGUCAAUGAAUGUGAGUUGUCUUUUUAAUUUACGUUAGCAACAGGAGUAAUCAGAGAAAUUUUCUGACAGAUGUCGCCACUGUUAGGUUAUACGACGUUGGGUAAAUUUCUUUUCUAUAAUUUAUUGCGAUUUUCCCACUUUUAUGACAAACCUAUCCUAUACCUGUUAUAUAUUUGUCUUCAGUAACAUAUAAUAAAUUUUAUACAAGAAAUGUAGACGAAAUCAUAUAAUAUUGUCGAACAGAGAUGUACUUAACCUAACAUAACGUAAAUGUGGCUCCUGCACGAAGAAAAUUUCCUACUGAACACCACAAAAUACUUUUGAUUCAAGAUAGUAAAGUUUAUAAAACAAAAAUAUACCAAUGAAGGACCAUUGUAUAUUCAUUAGCUGUUACAAUAAACUUUACACUUUGAAAUAUCUUGAAGAAGUCGUAGUAGAUUUUAAGAGAGCAAAACCAUCAUUGACAACUUUCACAGUAUGUAUUUGUAAACUUUUUUAGUAGUAAUUUUUUUGUGUGUUCGCAAUCUUUAUACAAAAUAAUAUUUUUAAAUAAUUAUACAUAUAUACAUAUAUAUGCUUUUAAGAAUUUUUUUAGUUAGUUAAUUUUUUGUUACAUUCCUGUUUCAUCCUCUUUUUAUUAUUUAUUGCGACAUUUUUUAACCUUUCACUGUUAUAUUGGAUAAGUUUAAACUUGUGAUGUCUGGUUCACGUUUAGUCGAGACUAGUUUGGAGAGUCAAAUAAGUUAAGUUGAGAUUGUAAGCGUAUGGUAAAGAGAAGGGGAAAUGUACAGAUUUUUUUUUCAAAUUGUAUACAUAAGAACACAAAUCAACACAAAAAACUACUAACUAAAAUAAAUAAAGUCUUAUAUGUCAAUUGUCAAAUAUAACUGUCGUCUGUCAUUUGUCACCUACCCUAUGCUUAUAUUUUGAGACCCAUAUAUGUAGCGCUUAAGCGUAGUUCCGUAGUUCUACCUUAUAUCCCGACUUUUAAUAAAAAUAAAGAAAUGCAAUUAAGACAUUUUUUAAGUUUAUUGAAUGAUGAACACGCUAUUUCAUUAUGUAUUUACUUCAUUUAUUUCAUUAUUUACCUUCUAUUUCCAUGUUCCUAAGUCUUUGUAAGUAUCUACUGUCUCUAUGACAGUAUCUUCAAUAAUCAAUUUGAUGUUUGCAUCUGUUUUAGUCAUGAUCAUACAUUUAGUUUUCUUCAAAUUCAUCCUCAGUGCGUAUUCAUGACAGUAUGGUGGUUGGGGUAGUUACCCCCUAUGAUGGGGUUGAUUAAGUCGAACACUAUUACCAGAUAUAUAUUUAUUUAUCAAUACUAACUAUACCAGUAACGAGUUGGUGGGCAAAGUCUAUACUCUAACUACUCGAUGUGUAAAUAAUGAAUAAAGAAUAAAGAGUGAUCUGCAAUACUUUCUCCGUAUCUAUAAAUAAACUUGUAAUUGUUUUUAUUAUGAUUGCCGACACCGAAUCGACCGUGAAAUAUUAAUAAUAUCAAAAUAGCUGACUAGGGCGUUCUCGAAACGAGUGCCCUACAUUGUGACAUCAAUGUCACCUAGUUAUUCUACUAUAAACAGUAAUGUUUGUGUAAGACCUUUAAAAAUUAAAUCGAUAUCAGUUGUUCUAAAUUUUUUGGAUGCUACUCUAAAUCCUGUACAACAGCAAUCGUCAUUAAGACGUUGCAUUAUAUUCUGUAAAUCAUUGUUAUAUGUAAAACUUCUCCAAUGAUAGAUAUACUUUCUGUUGAAUCUGAGAGCGUCUAUUUAAAUACCGCUUCAUUACAGAGACCGAAGAGGAGUGUAAGUAUUUUGACAUCUGCUGUUCUGGUUUUUAACCCUUUCGAUGCGGCUCUCUCUCCGGCGAUACUCAUGCCCCAGUGCGGCUAUUUCUGACGUCAAAACGGUCGGCCGCUUUCGCGCUAAAUAAUGCGACUAAAUGAUUCUUUAUAACGUUGUUUUAUAUAAACAAAAUAAUUGGGUAAUUAUUUAUAAUUUUUUUUAUUUUUUUUUGAAACAAAAUAAAUUUUACAAAAAAAUACAAAAACGCUAUUGUUUAGAAAAACUUAGGAUAGAAAGAUAGAUAAAACAAAUUAAAAAAUUAUUGCACAUAUUUUUGCAUUCAAAUUCAAUGUAAACAAAUGUUAACAAAACAAAUAAAAACAAAAAAAUUAUCCAUAACAAAAAAACAACAAAAUUAUCCAUAACAAAAGAAAAACAAAAUUAUCCAAAACAAAAAAUAAAACCAAAUAGUCAUUUGUUAUGUAGAACUUACUUUCUAAAAAUGUUUGAUGGUGUGAAAUCUUUCAAAACAAUUCACAACACAUAAAGGCACAUUGCACUCACGGCACAUAAAACUUGUUUCUUUUCUUUUUUUGUUUUUGGCACACACAACACAUUUUCUUAGUCCAACUUUCCUACUUGUUGUGGGAGGUACAUGCGACGGAAAAUGCCUACAAGUAAGCCGCAAUGGAUUGUCGUCGACUGAUCUUCGACCUGCUGACGUGCGCAUUUUCCCCUUGUGAUUUUCUUCCACUAUCUGUUGGAUGAGUGUCAGUUGAAAUUCUGCCAACGAAGUUUUAGUUUUUGCUACUAUAUUAUUCAAAACGUUUGCAUUGAGCAGAACCAUAUCCAUAAGGUGAAGGAAAACUUUUUUGUACCAUUUCGCAGUUUUUCGGACGCACUCUACUGAACUCAGUAGCAUGUCCGUCUUGUCUACUGCACCCAUAAACUUAUUGUAUGCAACAAUACACUGGGGUUUUACAAUUGUCCUCCCAGUGAGGCGAUCUUUUUUACCAGUUUCCAUACCGGUGUUGUUAUGUAAGCUCGUAAGCAUGUAUACUUCUCGUUUAUCACAAUAUUUUAGCGACAACAAUUUGUCAUCACUUCGGAAACUCCAUUCUCCUCUCUGAAGCUUUUCUGCCAUUUGCGGCAUAUAUUUUCUAUUUUUCCGCACAGUUCCACACGCAUUUGUAGCUCUAUUAUACAGCCAUACAAACAGACUGGGGCUUGUAUACCAAUUGUCACAAUACAAAGUAUGACCUUUAUCCAAAUAGCGUGCCAAAAGCGUUAGCACCACAUCGCCAGAUUUACCCAAAUUACAAUUAUUCGUUUGUAAGUCAGUUGUUGCUCCAGUAUAGACAACAAAAUCGAGAAUGUACCCAGUCACUGCGUCGCAUAAAACAAAAAACUUUACACCAAAUCGAUGUCUCUUCGAGGGUAUGUACUGUUUGAAAAAGAGUCGGCCUUUGAAAAGCAAAAGGCUUUCAUCUAUGCACAAUUCUUUAUGCGGCUUGACAGCGUUUCGGAAAGCAUCACGUACGUGGUCUAUUACUGCUCUAAUCUUGACCAAACUGUCGCCGUUUUUUGGCAGAUUGUUGUCCGAGAAAUGCAACAUUCGCAAAAUCAGAAAAAACCUGUCACGCGACAUAAGCUCAGAAAAUGCUGGAGUAGAUAAUAGUGUGUUUGUUGACCAGUAUUCACUGAGGCGCAAUUUUUUUACACGAGGCAUCAGAUAUGUAAUCCCAAAAAAUAACCACAUCUCAUUGAAAUCUGUAUCUUUCCAUUUCUUCAAACGUGACUUAGCGGAUACUUCCACAUGUUCACAAACGUAAAUAUAAAAUUUGUUUGUUUCCGUAACUAUAUGAUUUACUAUAUUGUCCGUAAAAAAUACUUUACAAAAAUCCAAAGGUUUAUUUUCAGCAGUCAGCCCAUCAAUUGUGCAACCAACCUCUGACGAGUCAAAUGCAAAUGUUUUUGGUAGAAGGUCUUUUUUUUUCCAGAGAAAAUCGUAGGUAUUAUUCGAUGUUUGGUCUUCGGGCUCUUGAGCAACGUCCAUUUCUUCAUCGGAAUCUAAAGCAUUUUGCGUAUUUUCUAUGUAUUCGUCUUCACUGUCGCUUCGAGUAAGAAUUUCAAGUAACUCUUUUUCAGUAUAAAACUGCCCCUUCUUAGGUCUUGGUAACGCUUUUGAAGGCCCCGGUUGCUGCUCGUCCAUUAUUUAUAAAAACUAAUAGGACGAUACUGAUGUAAAAAUGAUGCAAUACUAAAGUAAAACUGAUAGAAAUCGCAAUGUUUUCGUGUUGGGACAAGCAUCGGCAAUGAGUGAAUAACAACAUCUAAACGCAGACGUAAAGAGACCGCCCACUACUCAGCAAGCGCUAGCCCCGCCUUGAAUUACCCACAAAUGAACACGUGCGCAGGAAACUGCAAUUGUCGGCCACAGCACUUCACGGCAAAUCAAAAUAACUAAAUGACGUCCAUAGCACUGUAGGCACGGCAAAUCAAAGACGUCAAAUGACGUCCGCAGCAUUCAAAGGGUUAACUAUUACUUUUGCAUUUCGAUUCCAAUAUAGAUUUGAUAUAAUUUUCAUAUCAUGACCGUCAAUAUUUUUGUUUUUUCUGAAAUCUACAAGCUUUUUAUGUUAAACCUUAUUAAAUGCCUUUUCGAAGUCUACAAAACAAGUGCAUGUCGUGAUUCACGUCCAUGCAUCUCUUGGCCAGCACACUCAAGCCUAACAAAGCAGCUCUUGUGCCCAUACCAUUUCUAAAUUCAAAUUGUAUGUCAGUAACUUCAUAUUCAAGAGUUUUAACAAUUCUGCUGUGUAUUAUUUUCAAAAUAUUUUUAGUAUGUGACUCAUGAAAGCGAUUGUUCUGUGAGCAGGUUCCAUUAUAUCAAUAACAUCUUCAUCAAUGAGUUUUAAUAAUUCGAUGGGCACAUCAUCUGGUCCAGUCGCUUUGCCCUCAUUUGUGUUUUUGAUGAUGUAGAUGACUUCUCCUAAUAUUGGUGAUAUGGCAUUCUCUGGGAUUUCUAAUGACAGUUCUUCUCUUUCAUCAUUAGAUAGUUGUUGGAUGUAAUUGGUUCAGUGACUGUCGUCUAUCACUUGUUAAUUGUCACUUGUCAUUGGAUAUUUCUACUGUUCUGAGGCUAUUCAGUCUGUUAUAUUAUUUUCAUAUCCAAUUUUUGCAGUGAGGAGAAGGGGUGAAGAAUAAAAUAAUCAAUGGUUGGAAACUGUCGAAAGCUCAAAGGGUUAGAGGAAUUUUGUCUGUACUUCGUCUAUCUUCUUGUUUUUCUUAUAUACCUUUUCUUAUCUUGUGUAUAUUAUUAUCAUUGUUCAAUUCUGGCUAAUUUUGUUGUUGAAAGUUAGAUAUGUUCCGUUGGUGGUUUACGGAAACAAUUAUAAAAUUAGAGUAAGUGUAAAACAACGAACAGUAAUAUAUUUAUUUAUUUUGGGUAAACAAGCGUGCUUCGUUUAUAUCUCAUAAGGGUUUGUUAUUUUAGCGAGGGUGUGACUGCGCUGCGUGCCCGCUGUGUCCAUACUGACCGAGACCACAACACUAUUAUGUCAUCAUGUAUGCGGUUCUACCAUGUGGCCAGAAAAGGCGAUAAAUUAUUAAAUCUGUCGUUUUAAAAGCUGAGAACCUUUCUGUAGUUUUUAAGAGGUUGACAUAAAGAGCGCGGCCAAUCUGGCAAUUUGUGUUUCCCUAAAAAAACCCUUAAUUUUAUACAAUCUGGUUUUGUAUUUUAGGAACGAAAACACAUGAAAAACAUUAGACGUAUUCUUUCGUUUUGAGAAAAGUUAAUAUUUAAAAUUAGCAAUUAAAAAAUAAUAAAUGAAGCGUGUCACUAUAGAUAUGUUAGACAUUUGACAAUGACGUUUUAUAUUUGACAUGAGAUAUGUCAAAAGUCACAUUAAAAGCACUUGAGGGCAUUUUUUUGACAAGAAUUUUUCAUUUUUAUAUUAUUUACCACUUCUACUCUUUCUAACUUUACAAACGUCAUUUAAUAAAUAUUUUAGUAAAAAUAAGUAGAUGUGGACAAAAUGUUGAUUGUUAUUGUCGAAAUAUUGUGAUACAACGUAGAAAAAGAUUCUCAAAGUGUCCUUAGAGUGUAAGGUCAAGCAAUAAUCGAAAACUUUGCCACCAAAAGUGACAAAAAUCUCGUUUCGAAUAAUUAUAAUUUAAAUUUGAGGUUAAAUACACAAAAUUAUUUCUGUAAUUCGACAAUACAAUGACAUUCUGUCUAUUCUACUGCAGUACUAAGUUUCAAUUGGUAAAAUAUUCGAAGCAGAGUACCUUUCUCUUUAUUUGUAUAAAGUAGUAGUUGCUGUGCACUGUGAAUAUGUUAAUCGAAUCCACUCUAUAUUAUACUUUAGUGACAUAUGAUACAGAUGUACGAGUCGUUUAAAUAGAUGAGAUAUAGAAGUUUUGACCAUCCAAAACUCGAGCGAAUGUGAAAGUUCAAUAAUGAUUUUGAUUCUAUUGAAUCUGAAAACUUCACUGCCAAUAUUGUACUGCCGGCAAAAUCAUGACGCCCAAAUAUCGCUACGAAAACUGCGAAGCUUCCAGAUUUACAAAUUUUUGAAAUCUCAGGCAUGCGCGUAGCCGCCAUUUUUUAUCGUGUAAGGUAGUUACUUUUGGCAAAUGUACAAAAUUGAUUUAUAAAUUAAUUAUAGAAAAAUAAACUACAUGAUUCAUA